GCUGGCAGCCGAAACUGUCGGUUUAGUUGCGCCAUUGCCAUUAUCUAUAUGCCAACAUAGCAGAGCUCGGCUGCAGAUUGUAUCCCAUAUCCGCGGAACGUGUCGCCAUCGCCAUAGCCAUCGCCACCGCUGGCCAUGUGAACUGUGAGCAAACAAUUUAAAGCUGUAAAAUUCAAUUAAUAACCAAUGAAGAUAAAUCCGAAAAGCAAUUAAUGUAAACGAAGGAAUUUAAAUAAAUCCAUAACUUUAACGAUACAUAUCAAAGUUAGUCUGAUUUUUCUUUAAUACUUUAGCUUAUUUAAUACCAAUAUACGUCGAAAUAUUACAAGUGCUAAGAUUCUUUAAAAAUAACCAAGUUUAAGGCAUAGCCCAGAGCAAUUAAAGCGAUUAAAAGUUCUGAGAAAUCAAGUGAAGCGUUAAAAUCGAGACCCGUUGGCAAAAUAAAUAUUUAAUUAAAUCGAUUGUGUGUGCAGACGGAUGCAAUUUAAUUGAAUGGAUAUAACGAAUCACGCGAGUUUUCCUGCAAAAAACCUCUAAAACACGCACAUCCGUGUCGCGCCAAAUCGCUUUGUCAUGUAAUGUCUUUAUGCCCUCAGGCGGAUCAAGUGCUUAGGCGAUAAGAAAAGCAGCUGGAGCGGCUGGCUCCUUGCCGGAUUUCCGGAUUAUAUGCAUAAAUGAAAGCACACAUGCCCCGGUCGUAAGCCAAAGUUUCGAGGGGCCUAGGAUUCCAUCGCACAUCGGAUUAGCUGCAACAUAAAACCACACACACAAAGGACCUGAGAGGAGGCAAAAACGCGAAGCAGCAGCAGGAAGCUGGGAUUUGGCGCCCUCCAUGACGUCAACAGUGCGUAAAUGGGCAAGCAAUUAAGCCGUUAACGAUGUGCCCGCUCUCAAAGGUGCCACGCAGGACCUCCAGGACUUCCAGGACCUCCACGAGCUUCAGCACCACCCUGAUCCAGAGAGCGAUAGAACGCCAGAUAGAGCACGCCUUUACGAGCACAAGCGAACCAAUAAAAACUGCAUUCAGCCGCGCUGCGUCCAAAGUCGCUGAUUAAUUCCAACUGAACAGUAGACAACGUCCGCUGAUAUCUGGAUUCCAUUUGUACUACAACCAAUGACAACAUGCUGAAACCGUUUGCCGUGAUUAUCGGAAUUUUUUAUUUAGGUUCCACCAUUAAGGGUGUUGUGGCCAUUCUGAAUUGUAUCCUGGCACGUCAGCUGUGCUUCGAGGAUCCCUCAUGUUCGGCCAUUUUGGAAAUUAUACCGCGCGUCUGCGGGCCCAUUCCAGUGUCCUGCAGCACGGUGACGGUGACCAAGUGCCAGGCUGCCCUGCGUACCCUGCAGGCCUUCCAGUUCUUCCGGCCCACCUGCCUGUGCAAGGAGCCCGGAAUGGAUCCCGACUGCAAUCACUUUCGGGACUUUCUCUUCGAUCAUCCGUGCGGAUUUGUGCUGAAGAAAGCCGAAAAGGAUCCGUACCCCAUUGAUGCCCUACCAACUUGCAACCAUGCACUUUCCGUCUGCCAACAGGAACGCAAAUGUCUAAAGCUCUUCGAGGACUUCAAAACGCAUUGCAAAGUGCGCGACAACAAGUGCAAAAUGGAGAACAGGGACGCCUGCCACGACUCCUGGACCAAUCUGCGGCUGUCGCCCAUGUUCGGAUGCAUCUGCCCGAACAACCAUAUGAAAAAGCGCUGUGAUCGUAUCUUUAAUAUUGUUAAUCACAAUCCGUGCGUGGAUAGACUAAUAUUUUUCCCCAACGGGCUGCCAAAAUUGAAGCAGCCGAGGCCGAGGGCAAAGCCGCGGCCAAAACCCAAAGCGAAAUCCAAGCCCAAGCCGAGGCAGAGACACCAUGGCAUGAAUGGCACGGAGCUCAUGACCAACAAUAUCGAGUACCACGACGAACCUAACGGAUUGAACGAUCCGGAGGACGAGGGCAACGAGGCAGAGGACGAGGAUCCCGGCGGCCAUGGGGAUGAGGACGAGGACGAGGAGGACGACGACUAUGAUGACCGCAUACGAGCCGAGAUUUAUUCGAAUUACCCGCACUACCUGCAUCCGCCGUCGUGGGGCAUCAACAAUCCUCUGGUCCUGGCCUCACACAGUCCGCACACUCUGGACGACGACGACGACGUGGUGGUGGAGGUGGUGGCCAACAAGAAGCCGCCGCCAGUUACAGUGCACCACCACAAUGCCGAGCUGGACCACGACGUGGUGGUGGUGGUGGAUGCCGGGCCGCACUCCCACUCGCACCCACACUCGCACACCUUCUACAGCCACGGCGAUCAGAGCUCGACGACGGGAUCUGGACUUCUGGGUCCCGCACCCACGAUUCCCAGCCCACCUAACACUGGCACCAAAAUGCACAAAACAGCACCACUCGGCGAUUUAGUCGCCGGCAGCGAUAUAACCCACCGCACCUACACAGGACCCUCCAUGGAUGAGCGAGUAAGAAUAUUGGGCAUGGACGAGAAACUGCAUCAGAGAAUCUUCAAUGAUAAUCUGGCCCUAAUUGAUACGCCCCUUAUUGCCAUGGGCUCCGGCUCCGGUUCCGGCACGGUCACCACUUCCGUUUCCGGUUACGGUCUGGGCAUGGGCAUGGGUCUAUCCGGCAGCUUUAACUAUCUGGGCUCCAUGCACGGCGUGCCCAGCUAUCCGUUCAAUAUAAGCGGCUUCCAUCAGCGGCACAUGGCAGCGGCGGCAGCCGAUAAUGAACCAUUCGAUAUCAUUGAUACGGGCUUGGGCUACGGCGGAAACGGAAAUGCCGGUGCUUACUACCAAAGUGGUCAGGAUGUCGAAGUUGACCUCUCAACGGAAAUAAUCAAGCAACACUUUCAGAGUACCUGUCACACGGCAUUGGACACCUGCCGGGAAGAUCCGUCCUGCUCAUCGUCGUUGCAGCCAAUGCUGACGCACUGUGAGCUGCACCGGUGCAAUCGCAACGCGUGCAUGUCAUCGCUGCAGGCCUUCUACAAGGGCCCCCACGAGGACCUCAAUCUGGACAUCGCCUUUUGUCUAUGCAAAAAAACAAGCAGCAGCCAGCAGAACGGCAAUGGCAAUCGGCACGACAUGUGCAUGAUUGCACAGGAAAAACUGCAUCCAGUGUGCGCGCAGCGACCGCCCGAUAACAGUAAUCCGGCCAGCUCCAAUGGCAUUUACUACCAUCCACCGCCCGCCUGUCACGUGGUCGCCGACAGCUGCAAGGAGGACCGCGAGUGCAGAUUGAAGUUGGAGUAUUACGAGCAGGCCUGUGCGGUGGAUAGCGUGACCAAAAAAUGCGCCGGCAGGCCGAGUGGGUGUCGAACAGCAAUGAUUGGCAUUCUGGGCACCAUGUUGAGGACGACCUGCGCCUGCCAAGGAACGGAUCCUCAGCACCUGUACCAGUGCGUUGGGUGGCGGCGCCUGCUCUGGAUGAACCCAUGUGUGGUUGAGGCUCAAAAGGACUUCCAUAUGAAGCGAUUGGCUGAGCUCGGUUUCCUCACCACCACAACAACAACGACCACCACGACAACGACAACAACGACGACGACGACCACGCGGGCACCGCCGCCCCCACCUCCGCCCACCACAACAACCACUACCACGACCAGCCUGCAGCCGAGGCAGACGCCAAGGAAGCCUGCGACACACAUCUUCAAGGACGUUAUUACGGCAAAAGAGAAAUCGGAGCCAACAUCGGUGGAACACAAUUAUCUCGAUCCGCCCGAUUCGAUACCGCUGCCCAGCGUGAAUGUUGAGAGCGGCGGAAAUGGCGGAAAUGACGAUUAUCACAACGGCAACGGCAACGGCAAUGGACACGGAAAUGGAAAUGGUAACGGCAAUGGCAGUGGCAAUGGCAGACGUAAAAGUGGCGGAAAGGGACGCGGCGGCAGUGUAGAUUUCGAUGAUCCAGUAAUUUUCGCCGACCCAAGGGAAACAACAGAAUUUGUGGGCAUCAGCAUCACGGAGCCCGUAACCACAACAACCACAACAAUGGCCACCACGACAACAACACAGCCGCCAAGAAACUGCGUUGUCCAGCGACCCCGUCAGUCGGAUCAACUUAUUCGGGAAGGCAGCAGCAAACGAAUCUACUCCUUGGACGACGUCGAGUGCAGUGAGCUGUGCAGCUGCGGCGAGUCGCUCAUCCUCACCUGCCACGCCCUCUGCGUGCCAUUCGCCCCGUGCCGCACCGCCCUCGCCUUCUACAGCCACGCCUCCCCCGCCUACCAGGCGUUCCGCGGACGCUGUUUGUGCUACUCGGGCCGCUUCAUCUGCAUGAAGCCUCCGCUCGGGGAGUACAUUCUGCCAGGUGGGAUUUUCCUGCUGCUCGGAUACAGUGCCGCGGAUGAGGCGCUGCUGAGGCCCCACACCAACCUGGGGGUGCAGGAUGCCGUGCGGGCCCUGCAGCAGUACGUAACCACAUACAUCGAUAAUCAGACGCAGUGCACCCUCACGCUGUUCAAUAUGACCGAGGAGAACAUCAUCAUUGCUGCGAGGCUGCCGCACGACGGCAAACUGAAGGAUAUUGAGUUGCUGCGUAAGGAGAAGGACGAGUGCACCGCGAUACUGAAGACCAUCAGUCAUCAAAUCAAUAGCGAGCACAGCGAGCUCCAAUCCCACCGACUACUGAGCAUUUUCAAAAUGUCCGAAGUCGAGGUCGUUUGGCCUGAGAGCACAAGUGCGGCGGCCAGAAGUGGACAUGGUCCUGGCCAGUUUGCCGGAUGCCACCGGCUGCUCUACGCGGCCAUGCUCGCGCUGGCGUAUCUCUCCAGGUGGACAACGCUGCGUUUGAGCGAUGUGGCUACAUGACAGCCACAUAGCUGAAGGACUAGGGCCAGGACAAUUGCAUAACUGUACGUAGUAGAAAUUUGUAGGGUGGGAUAAACGGUGGGAAAUGCGCCAGGCAAAAUGCGAUACGUGGAACGAUAGCGAUUACUACAAACUAUGAAGAUGUGGUGCAUAAUUUAGGGCGGCGCACAUGGCAUAGCGUAUUCAUAAUGUGUUGUAUACAUAGAGUGGCUAGUUCUGUGUUAAGCUGCGAAUUCCGUUAAGCUUUGUUGUUGACCUUUGACGAUGUUGCUGUCUCUUUUAAUACGUACAUAUGUACAUAUGUGAAGCAUUACGGGAUAUACAUACUUACAUGCAGAAAAAACUUGUAGGACAUACGCCUAGAACUCAUCUAGUUUAAUCUAUAAUUUAAUGUGAAAGGAAACUGCUGUCUACAUAAUAAUAUUGUUAGCCGAUAACAGAGGCACACUCGAUAGUUGGAUUUGAUGUGGCGUGUACAUAGAAGGCAUAUGCAUUAAGUACUAUCCGUAGCUAGAGUUUUAUACGGUAAACAAUAAUAUGAACUUCUGUCUAUCUGUCCAUUCGUCAUUAUCGCACCCAAACACACAACUUGCAUCGCUCUUAUUGUUUGCUCUUUGAGCUCUAUAAAGUUCUCAGUCGCCUCAAUUAAAAAGAAUUACCGGCCUUAACAGUGCUUACCUUGUUAAAGGAUGUGAGUGCCUCUUCUGGAUACGCCCGUUCUCUUUUGAUUUUUAAUUACUAUUUAAUGUGGCAUGGCGGCCUCCGCCUUUCCAACUUCCUUCUGCCAGGCAAACAAAUAAUAGUCAGGCGUGCGAAUAAACUCAUUUAACGUAUUCACACUCGCAUUCGCGGCUGAGCGUGCAACACGUUAUUGUUAAUUUAUUUCAUAGUUUUCCGUUUCGUUUGGAGGUGCGAAAACAAUUACGGUUUCAUUAUCAAUUAUGCGUUAUGCAUUUCGAUUGUUGCCACAAUUUUACCCUGGCAGCUUUUACCGCGACCUCGCCUCGUUUCAACAGGUUUCAUUGCUUACCCCGGAAUCCAGAAUCCAGAGUCCUGAAUCCUGAUUACCGUUUCAGUUCGCUGUACAUACUCUUACCACUUUGAACUCAAUUUACGUAAUGAAAUACUAACAGUACAUAUCAAUAUGAACACCUAACGAGUUUUACACGGAAGCGAAAUUCUUACAAUGUCCCUCGAUUGCUCGAAUCUUUUGUACAUAGUUCUUUAUACCACUAUACCACUAUACUAUGCAUAAUAUUUACAACGAUAUACAAGAAACAAAAGCACUUGGCUAAAUCAACCCUAUGAAAUAUGGUAUAAAUACUUGAUUCACGUUAAAGCAGCAAAGAUGAACUGUAUAUUAAACGAAACUUCAGUUGAGCCUUAAAUAAAGUAUGCAAGAUCGAGGAAAUUGCUAUUGUAAAUAGAGAUAGGAAUAUUAUGAACACUUGAGUGAAUGAAAUAUCUUUGAAUAAUAGUCGAGUGUUUGGCUCAAAGACUCACGCUAUUCACGCACUACUCACUUUAUGUCUAAGCUUGACCAUUUGAAGGAAAACUUGUAGCAGUGUGAAAUGUGCGCAUAUUGAAAAUGGUCACAAUCAUGAAAAAAUGUCUUCCUUAAUGCAUAUACUCGGCGAUAUGUAUUAUGUUUAUACACAUUAAUACAUAUACACAUUCGAACUAAUACCUAUACGAUAUCUGGCAAAACCCUAGCAUAGCCUGCGCUUCAGUUAGACAAAUGAUUAUGUAAUAUAGACAGCAAGGGCUAAACCGUAUCUCUAUCGAAUAUCCUACAAUUAUAACACUGUUAACACAAAUUAAAUGUAACCGCAACAUAUCUAAGUCAAAUAUACCCCUAAAUAAAUAAAUAAAUAUAUAUAUAUAUAUAUAAAUAAUUAUACAUAUGCGUAAAGUUAUAAACGUUAGAGAGCAUUGAAAACUACUUUAAUAGUCUCUUGAGAAAGCAUCGCUUUAUCCUAAAAGUAUGUACGCAGCACAGCAGAAAAGUGUAAAGUUUAUUGGAAACCUGCUUCUAGCUAAAUAUUAGACGAAUUUAAGGCUACCCAACCCAAACACUAGCUUAUCGGAGCGGAGCAGCUCGUAGGUCGCUAGGAAUAGGGAAAAUUAGUAGAAAUGUUGGGGCAUUGGAUUUCAGUUCAUUUGCUAUCCUAUCCGUAUUGUUUGAUGGCCCACGAGUGCAGCAACUAAGUCGUUAUAGUUUCGUAUUAUAUCGGUGGCAGGUCGACGGUAUUGUUUCAUCUCAUCACCUCACUUUUAGGGUGCAGACAAAGCGUAGCUACAAUGUAAAGUACCGUUAAAGUAAACUGAUAAAUGAAAAGUGAAAAACUGGAAGUGAAAAUGAAAAAACAAGAAAAACAAGAAAAGAAACAAUGAUGAAAAUUACAAAAUAGUCGCAUUAAUGUAAAAAGCAAGCAAAAUGCAAAGGGAAAACUAGCACUCAAAUAGCAAUCUGUAGCAUGGAUACGUGAAUCUGAAUGGCAUCGUAAUGAAACGCAAAACAGAGCGAAUACUUUGAAAAUUAUGCAUGAGGAGUACGAGAGCCACACUCCAAGUUUAAAGCUGCAAGUUGAAACCUACAUAGUAAAUUAUAUAUCAAUAAAUAUACGAUAUGUUAGGAAUGCACACGAGUGCGUGAUUUGUAAGUAAGCGGGCUUUAUGUUAGCGUAUACAACCGAAUUGAGGUAUAAAGUAUAAAAUAAUUUAUAUAUAAAUUAUGAAAUAAUGCAAAGCGAAUAGAAACCAAGCGAUACGUCGUAGCAUAUUUGUAAUAAAAACAAUGUAAGUGAAACAACAAGAAGAACAAAUGCGAAAAAAUAAAGAAAACCACAAAAUAUAGAACGUAAA